AUGUCCUCGACACCCUCACCUCCUAACAGUCAAGUCUCCACCGAUGGCCCCAGUAGCGUACAACACUCAAAGGGGUUCUACGACUUUACCAAACGUCGACGAUGGGCAGAUCUGGUCGUCUCCGAGCUGGUGGAUAGUCUGACUUUCGUCAUAACUCCGGAGACGAAGGUGCUUUAUUGUCAAUGUGGCGGGGCAACUCAGGACGUCCUUGGCUGGACAGAGAGUGACUUUAUUGACUCUGAGCUUGUGGACUAUAUCCAUCCGCACAAGAUGCUCACUGGCUGUUUAGCAGAGGACCAGGAAAGCUUUCUCCAGGUUGUGCAUUACCUCGUCCGGACGAGCGUGAAGGGGUCUUCGUUCGCUCGGAUGCGACCUAACCAUAUCCCUGGGGCAGCAUCGAGCAUAGAGGAGGCGAUCUACGAAUUCGUUGUCCAGCCUUGCAUCCACCCCGAAAAGCCGGAGACGAAGGUGUCGCUGGUGUCGGCAAAGCAGGUCGCCUAUCGCAAUAAUACUUCUCUUGCCAGUCUCUUAUCAGACCUGAGGCAGGAGAACGGAAUUCUGCAGGCUCGGGUUGACGAACUUCGAGCUCAGCUUCCGAUGGAAGUUGCGGCUGAACUGACUUCUACACUUGGUCACAGGGACGUAACGAAUUCGGUCUACAGUUCGUCUACGAUGUCAGGACUGGACCACGAAAUGGGUGGAAUUGGGGAGUACCCAAGGGAACUUGUGUCAGGCUCUCCUGGUACUACUCAGCCGAGCACAGCUCCCGCGGAAGAGGAAGUCUCCGAGGAAGGAUCCAAAAAGAAGAAGGUAGAGCGGAUUUAUUGUGGUGUGGUAUAA